AUGCAAUCCCAGCAGGACAGGUACAAAGUGGACGAAGCCAUGCGCCUCAUUGACCAUCGUUUCAACAACAUCAACUGGCUCUUGGAAGCCCUUCAAGCCCCAGGCUCUGGGGUCCAAAACAUUGGCGAUCGUCGUGUCAUCGACGGCAACAAGAUUCUGGCUCCCUUAGGAGACAGCCUCAUCAGGCUCUUCGCCGUGGAAGCGAUGAUCGACUCGAACAUCGCAACAAGAAGCGAUAUCGACGCCCACUCCCAGCGUGCUAGAAACAAUUCGCGACUAGUUGAGAUCUUCGACAGCUUCGCCUUCUCGCCGUGUGUCAGUGUGAACCCAUCCCAGGGCUUUGCUCUCGGUGCUCAAACGAAGAUUGAUACCAUCAAGGCUAUUAUCGGAGCUGUGUACAAGGACCGCGGAGGUGGACGUGAAGGGCUCGACGCUGCCAAGCGCGUGGCAACGAACCUCCAUAUUCUCUGA